GCGCACUAGCAUGUAAAUAACAGCAACCGCGGUGGUGUGUUCGGUGUCGCGAAGGCUCAUCAAACAGACGAACAAUCGGUUUAUAUUUACAGAGAACGUUAUUAUAUCUGCUUCGUUAAUGAAUGUUAGUCUGGAAGAAGAAGUAUUUAAAGCGUUAAAUUAGUAGUAAAGGACGCGUGAAUUUGUGAAAGUGUCAGUUAGCACGCAGCUAUGACAGAGACUAGCCGGAGGAGUUAGAGUUCGACACAUUUAUCACCGUAGAAUCAACUAAAUACGACUUUCACUUAUUUCGAUUUAUAAUCGUCUCAUUACUAAUUCAUAAACCCGCUUUCAGUGGGACGGGGAUGAGAGUAUUUAGUGUCUAAACGUGUUGUGUUGUAUUGAGUGUAGCAUGACACAGCAGGUUGUUGAUCAGAGAAACACAGCUGAUCCAGCAGCGAAUGAGGCUCAGUAAAACACUCACACACUCAAGACCAGCAUUCAAGACCCUUAAUCUGCUGUGGGAGUCGCAGAAAUGCUUACAGAAAACAGGAAACGUCAGCGCGCUGAAGGAGAUGAUGAAGAUGCUCAGAUGCCUCAGGCCAAACGACUGAGUUCAGCCCUCCAGAGCUCAGAGACGGGGAGAGAGUCCUGGGAAUCUGAGUCUUCCAGUAGCGAGAGCAGUUGGAUCAGCAGUCCGGAUCGCGCCGCGGGGAGCAGCAGCAGCGGAGUGGAUGUUCUCGGGCCCCACGCCGGCCCCGGCCCCUGCAGUCCCCACAGUGCCUCCAAGCAGUCGGACCCCGGGGACCUGCUGUCCUACCAGCACAUCAACCGUGUCCUGAGGGAAGCCCAUUUCCAAAGCUUACAGAGCCGGGCUCAGUCCAAGCACAGGUGACUCUCAGGGACCGCCAAACCCCGUAGAGACCAGGGUAAAACUUCUUCAUCUCCAUCCUCACUCAAACCUGCUCCUACUUUCUAGAUCUCUCUGCUAAAGCUCGUGUUAUGUUAAUAUUUUAUUGGAUGGAAAUAAAAAUGCCCUGGUACUGUAAGCUCUCCGACUAACUAGAGCACAAAAGUGCUCAUUGUAAGCAAUAACGGCUUGACUAUGAUGCAAACUUUUGUGACUUUCACACUGUGUACGUUUCUUCUGAAAACAGCUCUAUUGAGAAUUAAGAUGCAGUUUAGUGGGGAUUUGCACUUGAUCUGAUAUUGAUGUGGAGCAUAUAGCAAUCCAGCUGAGCACAUUUAGAUGGGAGGCGUAAAUAUUCCCAUGCACCUCUGGUUAGUGAACUCCAUUGCAGUUCUGUCACUAAAUGCAGUCGAGUUAAUAUCAAAGACUGCGCUGAUGGGCGGAUCUGGAACAUGUCUUUGUCAUCUGCCGGAUCUCUUUCCUCCUAAACCAUCACUGAAGCUGGUCGCUCGUCCAGGCAUCAGGCCUUCGAAGCCCUGCGGAGGUUUUCUCGUGUGCUAGUCAAAAUUCUGCAUUUUAAAGAGUGUGGUUUAUUUUACUAUACCUUUUUGUAUUGAAAGAUGUACAUUGCAUUUUACAUUCAGAUCAUCUACAUUUCUAAAUAAAGAUGGAUGUUCUUAAGCAAA